UUCAAUUUUUAGCGACGCUUCAUCAUCGCAGUUCCGCGACAGCGAUCAGAUCUACAUCCCAAUGGCGACCAUCAAUCGCGUUCUUAAACCGUCGCCGUUCUCCUUCUCCGCCGUCACCUGUAUCCAGCGAUUACUCUCCACUACCGCCAUCGCCUCGUCGGAGAUCAUCCCCCGCGCGAUUCCACAUCCAUCGCGUUUCGAUCCCAAAGGCAGAAACAUCCAAUGGGUCUUCCUAGGUUGUCCUGGUGUCGGAAAAGGAACCUAUGCUAGCCGCCUCUCUACUCUCUUAGGCGUUCCUCACAUCGCCACCGGCGAUCUCGUCCGUGAAGAGCUCAGCUCCAAUGGACCUCUCUCUCACCAGCUUGCUGAGAUAGUAAAUCAAGGGAAAUUGGUUUCAGAUGAGAUCAUAAUAAGCUUGUUAUCAAAGAGAUUAGAAUCUGGAGAAGCUAAAGGUGAAUCAGGCUUCAUUCUUGAUGGGUUUCCUCGAACAAUAAGACAAGCGGAGAUACUGGAUGAUGUAACAGACAUUGAUUUAGUGGUUAAUCUAAAGUUACCAGAGGAGGUUCUAGUAGAGAAAUGUCUUGGUAGAAGGAUUUGCAAUGAAUGUGGAAAGAAUUUCAAUGUUGCAUGUAUUAAUGUCAAAGGUGAGAAUGGACGUCCAACUAUGACCAUGUCUCCACUUCUUCCUCCAACACAAUGUGUUUCGAAGCUGAUCACUCGAGCCGACGAUACUGAGGCAGUAGUUAAAGAAAGGCUUCGAAUUUAUAACGAGAAGAGUCAGCCUUUGGAAGAUUUCUAUAAGAAUCAAGAGAAACUUCUCGAGUUUGAUCUCCCUGGAGGAAUACCUGAUUCAUGGCCAAAGUUGCUUGAAGCUUUAAGGCUAGAUGAUCAUGAUGAUAAGAUUAAGCAUUCUGCCAUGGCUUAAGUUCUUUUGCAUUUUUUUUUUUUAACUUAAAACCAAUAAUUCUUUGCAUGUUUAAGGUUCAUGCCAAACAAUUUUGCAGAAGCAAGACAAUAUAUGUCAUUGAGAAAUUAGUAGAACUCGGUUAUAGAACAACACAUAAUGAAUGUAUUUUUUUCCAUCUAUACACUAUUUGUAAUAAAUUGUUCAAUUGAGCU